AUGUUUCAAUUCAAACUUCCGCAGCUACAGUUACCGUCAUGGAGUUUGCCGGGCAGCGGCAUCAAGAUCUCAAAGGCAGAGGUCCAUGAGAUCGAAGAGCGGCCAGAGAAGCGAGCGCGAACAGUUAAGCACCUCAUCAAAGCGAAUCACAUCAAUCACAGUAUCAUCUACAACGAGCUCCGCUUCCACAAUCACACUCCGCACAUACUUGGCUCGGCGUAUAUACUAGGAGCAGACGUGGAGGAGCUGAACCACAUUUACGAGGAAGAAGGCAAGAACUUGGAGCCUUGGAAGGACAGUCCAGGUGAGAUAUCGGAGCAUGACUGGAGAGACUAUCUGGGCAAGAGAGAAUACCAGCGAGCCUGGAUCGACUUUUUCGAGGAUCAGCUAGUUCAACAUGGAUACAACUGGCGUUCAUUGCUCGACGAGUUCCUUCUCUCUGGCAAGGAGCCACUCAUCAACAAUCUCAUAGCCGGUCUGGCGCAUCCCCUCAUUCACCUUGGCUAUGCACACGAGCUCUCCUCCCGAACGGUGGCGAUCGAGGCUCUGGGUCUUGCUGCUUGCUUUUACAACGAGUGGCACGUUUACCUCGAUGAUCCGAAGUAUACAAAGCCUGCCAGCCACCCGUCGGACUCGCUCUUCACCAUUCUUGAUCGAGUGGCAAGUGAUCAAAGGUUUGAUGGCCUCUUUGACCAUCAAGGCCCUGACAAUAUCGAGAAGAUCCUCGGGGAUGAGAAUCUUGCUUCAAUAGCACUUGAGUACUGGAACUCGUGGGAUCUGAAGAAGCCUACAGAACAGUUCGCCGAGUCUCAGAAGCUUGCAGUGGCUCUUGUGGUCGCUGCACAGACCCCAGACAAACCCARAGGCUAUGACUUCUUCGCAGUACACCUUCUGACCAGCUCACACGCCGUUCGCACGCUCCUGCCGCUCCUGCCCAGCAAGCAUCAGAUUCCACUCAUGCGUCAAUGGUGGCUUUUCACGCUGUUGGUGUACAUUGCGCAACAGCGGCCGAAGGUCAACAUUGAUAAGAUCAAGCUUGUCGAGCUCGAUGGCCGUGACUGGAAACACGUUUCUAAUCUGGCCGUCAAGGGCGAAUAUCGCACCGAUGCGCACUACGUCAAGGCCUUGCGAUGUAUGCAUGAGGCCAGCAAAAUCUCUGGCGACCCCAAUCAAUUCUACCUCAAGGCUGCGGUGAAGAUGGGUGAGGAAUUUGCAGGAUGGGGAGGCUUCGGUUCUGCCAUUGCCGAGGAGGAGGCCCAUACAUCAUCAUCGAAGCGCAGCAGGCGAUUCUCGGACCAAGCUGAGGGCGUGUAUGAGUACGACACUUGA